AUGUCUGAAUUGCCGUCUGGCUUCUCCUUGGUCCCCCGGCGGACAUGGACGUUCCGGUAUACUUACCUGCUGUGCAGCCGGGUUGGACGGGUCAAACGCGUCGCGCGGCGCGACCCGGAGGCGCGCAUCACGCCCUCGCAUCCGAGGGAGCGCGCGGUCAAGGCUGGUAUCCCGGGGCUAGCCAUCCUCGGCGGUUGGCCUCCUACGCGAGGAUGCGACGCGUGCUCGCGACGAUGCGCGUCGAUAGCCGCGUCGGGCUGGUCGCCUCGGGUGCAGGUGCACCACGGCCCGGGGAUACGCGAGGAGGCCGGGGUUGUAGGCACCAGCGUGAACGGACUGCAUGGCGGGUAUGAUAGACGGGAGGUACGCACCGCUACUGCCCUGCCGUCAGCGAGGUGGCAGCCCGCCGUCGGCAGCGGCCUGGAGAAGGCUGCGAGAGUGCACAAACGCGGACGUCGUCGAGUGAAGCACGUCGAGUUGCGGUCCUUGCACGCGGACGCGGAACGGGAGAAGCGCACGCAGCGGAAAGGAAGCGCACGUAACGGCAAGGAAGUGCACGGAUUGGGAACAAGGAUGGGGGUUCGCGGGCGCACCGCCGGCACGCCCCUCGGGAGAGCAAGUCAAUGCCGCGAAGAGAUAGAGCGCGGCCCAUUUGACAGACGGGGACGGGGGGAUCAGCAGCUGACCCCGACAGCGUCGCGGACAUUAGUACGAAUGAGGAUGGGUGACCGAGACCGAUGUCAGCGUGCUACGUCCUUCCGUUCUGCGAUACAACAUCGACGUCGGGCCGCACGAGAAGGCCGGUGGACGUGCCUUAUGAAUUCAGACGCAGGCUAUUGUGAGAAGCCACGAAGCUACGACCUUCGCAAAGAAGCGCAGGGAGAGCUCGUGGAGGGCCUGAGCCAGGCGCCCACGAUGGUCGGGCAGAUGAGAAGCGGCGCGAUUAAUGUGGCGGGCACGAAGCGUUCCGCCGCUGUGGGAGGGGCGGAGGGGGCGCUGUGGGGGGACGCGAGAAGCGACGGUCGCACAGACGGGCGGGAGCAGCAGACGACCGAGGCGCCGCGUGAGAGGUGCGACGGCUCAAAGCCUGCCUGCCAACAAUGUGUCCGCGCGAAAAAGGGCGACGCCUGCGAGUACGACGACGGCAAGGGCAAGACACGAACACAGCUCAUGCGCGAGCACAUCGCCCGCCUUGAGAUGCGCAUCAAGGAGCUGGAGAACCUCGAUCAGACCUCCCCCUCCAUCACCCUCUUCGACCCCCACGCCCCGUCCCCCUACUACUCGGGCUCCUCGUCGUCCUCCAGCCACGGCUCCCCCAGCGCCCUCAGCCUCCCAGCCUCCGUCUCCCCAACGCCCUUCCCUCAGGAGCAGGACUACACGCCCACUAACAACAUCACGGAGGCCUACAGUCCCUCCGAGGAGCCCCCGUUCGAGCUUGCCCAGGUCCUGCUGGAGAUCUUUCUGCCCCACCGCCACCAGUGCGGCCUCGACAUCCACGUCGGCCGCCUGCGCGAGUCCCUCGCGCUGCCGCCGUCCGAGCGCCGGCACCCCGUCCUGAUGCACGCGAUCUACCUCUGGGCGUGCUUCCUCUCGCGCCCGGGGCCCCUCGCCGAGCAGGAGCCGCACUUCCUCGCGCGCACGCUCGCGGCGAUGCCCGACGCGCUCGGAUCCCCCGCGCACGCCGUCGACCUCGUGCGCGCGACGUGCCUGCUCGCGCUGUACUACCUCGCGAACGGGCGGCUCUUCGAGGGCUCGCACCACGCGGGCGUCGCCGGCGCGAUGGCCGUGCAGUUUGGGCUGCACCAGAUCGACGCGGACGACGGCGCGGGGCUCGGCGACGAGUGGGAGGCGGGCGCGCGGCUCCCGCCGCCGCAGGACGCGGUCGAGCGCGGCGAGCGCAUACUCGCGUUCUGGCAGGCGUACAACCUCGACCGCUGCUGGAGCGUCGCGCUCCGCCGCCCGAGCGCCAUCCCGGACAGCGACCACCCGUGGGCGGCGAUCACGACGCCGUGGCCGCAGCGCAUGGACGAGUACGAAUGCGGUUUAGGAUUGGGAUGGGCGCGAUGGAGAUGGAGGCUGAUUUGGGCGAUUCAUUUCAUACAGGGCGAGGGCGCCGCGGCGACCGGCAGCCCGACCGUGCGCGGGUUCUUCGCGCACCGGGACCAGACGGCCGGCUUCUCGAUCGCGGCGAUGCGCGCAAAAGCCUCUGCGCUCUUCGAGGCCGCGAACCGCCUCUCCUCCAGCUGGACCAGCCGUACGUCCCGCGCAUACGCAUUCCGUUCGCGAGCAGAGAGCGCUGACGUCUUGUCCCGUCCUGUUUCUCGCACAGAGGCCCCGUCCGCGUCCCUAGUGGAGCACUUUGGCGCGCUCGAGCACACGAUCGCGGGGUUCGCGGCGACGCUGCUGCCGCUGCACCAGCUGAGCGCGGCCGCGCCCGAGGACCGCUUCGCGCUGCUCGUGGUGCACAGCCUCGCGCACGCGGCGGUCGUGCGCCUGCACGUGCCGUUCAUGGACGGCGACCCGCGCUCGCGCGACAAGUGUCUCCGCGCGGCGCGCGCGCUCGCGCUCGUCACGAAGCACGUCGCGGAUGUGGACUACGACUUUUUGGACCCGCUGCUGGGGCCGUGCUGGUCGUCCGCGGCGAAGGUGCUCGAGGCGGAGCACGCGUGCCUGCAGGCGUCGUGGCCGCCGCUGAACGCCCUGGAGGUCCGCGCCGAGCUCGGGGCCAUCCUCUUCGCGCUCACCAAGCUGAGCGCGCGCUUCCCACUUGUAGGCUACCAGGCGGCCAAGAUCCAAAACUUUCUCGAGUCGAAAUAG